AUGACGGACACCCAACUACACGAAGCGGGAGGCUUCAUGCCUCCCACCCCAACCAGCAUGCCCUCCCCCCACCCGUCCCUUCCAGGGUCCUCCCAAGCCACCUCAUCAUCAACCAGCUUCCUCUCCGACCUACCCCACCCCCGGCCCCGCGCCCUGCGCCCCGGUUCCAACAAGGAGGACAUGGUCCGGAACUACGCCUCGGGGAAGCUCAUGCAAGUCUCCCGCCGCUACGUCAAGAAAUUCGGCACCCCGGAACCCGGCGAGGAGAUCUCGGGCUACCAAAACUUCUCCGAGCUGUGCAAAGAUCUGGACGCUGUUAUUAACAUCCUGUGGCUAUCCGGAACUCCAAGCCUACAAAUACAGAUUCUCCUGCGCAUCGCCAGCGAGUUCACGGAAUACGUCCCUUCAUUCCCACCCGAGCCAGACGCCACGCUGAGGUUACUCCGGAAGCUGGACCAUUGCUUUGCCAGCCUCGCGUCUGGCCAGGACCUCGCCACCAAGGAGCCGCUUCCAGGGUUUGAAAACGGCCUAAACGGCGGUAUGACUACGACCGAUAUGGUUCGGUGUCGGAGCUCGGUCGAGUCGACCCGGGCUCUGAUGUUUAAGCUUCUGGGUGAUACCUUUGAAGAUGACGGCAGGCCUGCCGGUGACGACGACGAUGAUGACAUUGAUGUUGAUGUUGAUGACGACGACGAUGACGAUGACGAUAUGGGCGUGGGAAGGGCAGCAGGUGCAGGCCGCACCAACACCGACGUUGACCGAAUCUACGAAAACACCAUCAUAGCGUUAGGCGAGAGGCUGGGCGAUGGCCUCUGA